AUGGCCUCGAACACUGUGGAUGAUCUGUCUACCCUAGAUGAUUUCGACAAUGAUAUUUUACUCGGAGUGCUGGAGGAGAGGUACAACGAUGACAAUAUAUAUACUUAUGUUGGAGACAUCCUGAUUGCUGUCAACCCCUGUUCUCCGCUCUCAAUAUAUGGCCCCCAGGCCCGGCGUAACUACCGCGAUCUAAGGGUCAGAGGAAGCCAGCCGCCACAUGUUUACUGGGUGGCUGACAAUGCGCACAGAAGUUUGAUAGAGACACAUUUGAAGCAAUGUAUUGUUGUCACUGGAGACUCUGGGUCUGGUAAAACCGAGACAACAAAACAUGCUCUGCAGCAUCUUAUAGAGCGAGUGGGCAAAUGUGCAGUGCCUGACCUUGUGGAAAAGCUGUCUCGGGUCAAUCCAUUAAUAGAACUUUUUGGCAACGCAUCGACCGUAUUCAACAGGAAUUCCAGCCGGUUUGGGAAACUGAUAGAGUUGUCGUACUUACCGGAUGGUACGCUAGUUGGAGGAAAACUACAGACGUUUGUGUUGGAAAAAUCAAGGGUUGUGUGUCAUGGCCUCGGGGACAAAAACUUCCAUAUCCUCCAUGCUCUUUUUGCAGGGAUGGAGGAAAGCAAGCUCCAAUACUACUUCAUUGAAAGUGCUGCCACGUACAGGAUUCUUCAGGAAGCAGGCGCAGAACCCCAUAACUACUCGGGAAUAUUCAGAGAUGCGGAAGAAGAAAAAGAAUUUGCGGACAAAUUCCAAGAAGGAAUGUCCAUUCUGACUAAAAUAGGAUUUUCGGAUCCGGAAAUGUAUCAGUUGAUUCAGAUGUUGGCCGCGGUCCUUCACAUCGGCAAUAUUGAAUUCCAGGAGGAUGACGAAACAGGAGAAUUAGCUAUUGUUGAGGAAGUCUACGUCUCAAAUGUUUUGGAGUUGCUCAAUCUCGGAGAAGCAAACUUUGACUCUCUCGUCAGCGCCUUGAUAAGUAGACCGCGGGUUGUCAUGGGUGAAACGAUUGUUUCCUCCAAGACAAUGCAGCAGGCUGAAGAUGGACGCGAUGCCCUGGCCAAAGAACUAUACAACAGUCUCUUUACUGGAAUCAUUGACCGAAUCAACUACGUCCUGCGGCCUGAGGGAGAUAGUUCUAUAGAUGGGCACGCUCUUACCAUCGGUAUUCUAGACAUCAGUGGAUUUGAAAAUCUCAGACUGAACUCUUUCGAGCAGCUUCUGAUUAACAUGACAAACGAGCGGCUUCAUCAAUACUUCCAACAGCAGAUCUUUGACGCAGAGCGUUCUGAUUACAUGAGGGAGCAGGUGUCAUCGAAUGACGUCACAUUUAAAGAUAAUAGUGAUGUUUUGAAGCUUCUUUUCGAGUCUCCAGGAGUGCUGUCCAUUCUCGAAGAAGAAGUUGCUGUUCCGAAAGCAAAUGAUAAAUCUCUCGUUUGCAAGAUGGACAAGUUCCUCAACACCUCGCGGUGUUACCGCAAGAAGAGUGCAACCUUCAUCUUCGGAAUAGUCCACUAUGCCGGGGAGGUGGAGUAUAGCGCAGUAGGAUUUCUGGAGAAGAACAAAGGAACACUACCUGCAAACCUCCGCAGCUGCUUUCAGUCGAGUGAAAAUAUGUUUGUCAACAAUUAUUUUACAGACAACCUCCGAUUCCAGAAUGAGUCUGGACGGGGCAGUCUGAGAGGAAGUACUCGGUCCAGGUUAGAUGGAAAGAAAGUCAGAGGAAGGCUGAGCACGAUUGGCGAAGACAAGAUAAAGACAAAAUCAAAUGGCAACAAAUUAUACGAUAGCGUGGCCAAUCAGUACAAGAAAUCGUUGAAAUGCUUGAUUGACAGAAUAUCAACAGCCAAGCCAAACUUCAUCAAGUGUAUAAAGCCCAACAUUGUGCUAACCUCCGGUAACUUUGACCGUCGAUUGGUCAACGAUCAACUCAUUAGCAGCGGCCUGUUAGAUGUGGCUAAGAUCCGCAGAGACGGGUAUCCAAUCAGAAUGAAGAUUGAUGUUUUCCGAAAAAGGUAUCACAUGAUUCCAGAAGAACUUCACAUAGAGGAGGAAGACGAUAAAAGGAUCGCUGAGGUCGUCGUACAUCACUGCGGAGUAACCGAUUAUAAGAUAGGCAGGUCAAAGAUAUUCCUGAAACAGGAUGGUAUCGAUAAAAUAGAGACGAGAAUGUCUUCAAUGCUCCAGGAAAAGAAAGAACGACAGAAUAAAGAAGAAAGAAGGAAAAGACUAGGACUGCCAGCACAACAGAAACAAGAUGAUCAAUUGGAUGCCAUAAGUGAAGCUGGCUCUUUGAGUUCCCGAUAUUCAACGCCCUCUAACGGCCAGGUUUCCGUUGAAAAACCUCCAUCGUAUUCCGCUCUCUCGGACAUAGAGGGCGAACAGCAGACUACUGAUGCAAGUAGUUUACCGCCAAAGAAAGCUUCAAUUAAUCCUUCCGAAUUAGAAGAACAACUUCCAGCUUACGAUGUUUUCCGGAUAACUGAAAGGGAUGUGGAUGAAUCGAAUGAAUUCGAAGAACGCGCUCUUAAAAUCAUGCGACUUUCUACUUAUAUGCUGUUGUUUCUUGGCAUUCUUGGUACCGGAACAGCCAGUUUAUUAGGAGUUUUAAUGUUGACGUCAGGUAUCAGAUUGGACCACACACACAGGUCUGAACUGACCACAGAAAUUCUAGUUUGCUACAGUAUUCCACAGGGAGUCACUUGUUUAGUGUCGUCCCUAAAGAUUUUAUUUGGUCGAAAGGAUUGGCCAAAAAUCCAGUAUCUUUUCUUUGCACUGCUGUUAAAUGCAGCACAGGCCUGUGGGACUGGAUUCCUUGUGUACCGAGUUCUGCCGGAGUACGACACAAUAUCGGGAAUAACACUCUUACUGGCCUCCGUUCAGUUACCGACGCUACUGAAUAUUCACCGCCAGAUUUUCAGACAGCGGAAAAGGAAAUUAAAGUUCUUCAAGAGGGUGUUUGUUGCAACAUUCGCUAUUAUAGCAAGUCUUAUUCAAUUUGGAUUUAAUCCAGUAGUGUAUAUAACAGAAAUAUUUGUGCCAAAUGAUUCCAUAUCUAAAAGUGAUGUGUUUCUAACCAUAUCUAUUUUCCUUGUCUCAUUUGGCUGGUGUGAGGCUUUCGCUGGAGAAGAUGUUGACAUAGGUUUCAUGACUGUACCAUUGAAGAAAUGGAAGCAAAAUAUAUCUCAAUGCCGAGAUAAAACAAACUUUCUAGUUUGUCCGCUUAAAGUGGGUAUAUUUUUUCUCUGUGCCUAUCUGUUAGUUCCUGAUGUCAUGUUUGCCUUUCCGCUACCAGUGACGUAUACAAGCACCAAUGUGUCGACACCCAAUAGUACUGAAAUCACUGUGGUACAGAAACCAGUUUACCAGUCUUUCUUCUCAACGUAUACCUUAAUGUUGAUACAAGUGAUAUCUGGGUACCUGUGCAGUUACCUUUCUGGAAUAGCGUGUAAAAUCCACAUGCAACGAUUCUCGUUCUGUCUCGCACUGUUUCUCGUCCCCAUCCUCUCAGUCAGUUUAACAAUAUGGAGGUGUAUCGGAGGUCAGGAGUCACUUCCGGUUUUGGAAGGAACUGUUGCAUGUCCGGAAAAGCUGUCAUUUGAUGGGUUAAAAGAAGUAAUUGGUGUUGCACUGGCAUUGCUGGUGUCCCUGGUGAUGCUGACUUUACAUACCUGGUUUCCGUCAACAGAGCGCAUGGCUAAGUUGGAAAGACUAUUUUGCCUUCCGAUGUGGGAUGGUGUUUUCACGGCAAUGAACGUACUGCUGCGCCGAAAGGAUGACUUGAUGGAGCAGGAACCCGGACGCAAAAAGGCUGGCUCCCGUGUAAAAGAAGAGAAGAAGACACGCCCCAUGGUCAAUAUCUGUGCGACCAUGUGGCACGAGACCAGACAGGAAAUGUUACAGCUUCUAAAGUCUCUCUUCCGAUUAGACAGGUACUACUCGCAGAAUGUGAACGCUGAGAAGGGAUUUGGAGUCGAACGGGACUACUUUGACAUGAAGAUUCACGUGAUUUUCGAUGAUGCCUUUUACACUGAUCCAAAAACAAAACAGCGCAUGCCCAAUGAAUAUGUGCAGCAGCUCGUGGAAUGCAUAGAUCAAGCAUCGAUGUCUGUUGCUAAAGGAAGGAUUUCAUGGAACAAUCACCCGAAAAAGUUCACCACUCCCUACGGAGCGAGACUGGAGUGGACAUUACCAGGAGGUGUUCCAAUGUAUUUCCAUUUAAAGGACAAAUCUAAAGUUCGACACCGAAAAAGAUGGUCACAAAUUCUAUAUUUGUAUUACCUUCUUGGGUAUGAGCUGAUGGGCGUGGGGAAUGAAAACGACAUCCUUAAUAAGAAGAGAUCACGUCAUAGGGUGAAGACUUUCACUUCCCUUCUCAAUAAAAUUCCGUCUCAAAAGAUCAAACAGGCUUACAACACGUAUAUUCUAACAUUGGACGGAGACGUGGACUUUCGUCCUUCUGCGGUCAAACUUCUCAUUGACCGUAUGCAGAAAAACGACAAGGUUGCGGCCGUUUGCGGACGUAUUCAUCCUAUUGGCAGUGGUCCUAUGGUGUGGUACCAGCAGUUUGAGUACGCCGUCGGACAUUGGCUACAGAAAGCUGCGGAACACGUGUUCGGCUGUGUAUUGUGCUGCCCCGGAUGCUUCAGUCUAUUUAGAUUUGCUGCCCUGAUAGACGACAAUGUGGUUAAAAUGUAUACAACUCCUCCUUCUGAGGCGAGGCACUAUAUACAGUUUGAACAAGGUGAAGAUAGAUGGCUAUGUACCUUACUCCUUCAGCAAGGAUGGAAGAUCGAUUACUGCGCUGGUGCAGAUUCUUGGACAUUCGCUCCGGAGUCCUUCAAGGAAUUUUUUAUCCAGCGACGACGUUGGGCACCGUCUACCAUGGCAAAUAUACUGGAUCUCCUAUCAUCCUGGCAAUCCACUGUUAAAAUGAAUGAUAACAUCAGUACAUUAUUUAUCUUGUACCAGUUCGUUUUAAUGUCAUCCAGUAUCUUGGGGCCUGGGACUGUUACCCUUAUGAUUGCGGGAUCAUAUGCCUCAGUGUUCAAUAUUAACAUGUACUACGCUUUAUUAUUGUCGUUGGUCCCUGUCUUAAUGUUUAUCGGAUUAUGUCUGAAAGGUAAAAAUGAUACCCAGAUCAUGGUUGCUGGCUUGAUGUCGUCUGUAUAUUCUGUAGUCAUGGUAAUAGUGACGGUUGGUAUGGUACUCAAUAUGGCUACUGAGUCGUUACUCAGCCCUAAUGUAAUCUUUUUAGUUGGUUUGCUUGUUAUUUUCGUUAUUGCUGCUAUAUCGCAUCCUAAAGAGAUCACGUGUCUUGUACAUGGGCUCCUCUAUUAUUUGACUGUACCAAGCACUUUCAUUUUUCUGACCAUAUAUUUCCUGUGUAACCUCAAUGUAGUGUCAUGGGGUACUAGAGAGGGCCCUAAACGAGUGGACCCGGAAGAAGAGGAACGAAAACGACUCGAGGAAGAAGAAAAACAGCAGAAAAAGAAAAAAGGAGGGAAAAUAUUCCGUGCCCUCGGUUUAUCGACGUUCUUUCACGAAGCUGUAUCUUUGUUAAAACAAGCUUUAGGAGGUAUAAAGGAAGAAAACCUUUCGUCGGCGAAAACAGAUCCAAAAGAAAAUAUUGAAGCAGCUGUUGUGAAGCAGCUAAAGGAGCGCAAAACUGCUUUACCCAUACCACAACCAAAGCCAAAAGAACCGGAGCCAGUAACAACAAGCAUCAACCGAGGAGCAUGGGGUGAGGCAGAUUUCCUUGGACCCGAGAAAGUUCAAGACAUUUUGAAAAAUGAAGAGGAGUUCUGGGUAUAUAUAAUUCAUAAAUACCUGGAGCCAAUCAACGAGGACAAGGACAAGCAAGCACAAAUUAAAGAUGAUCUUACUAGUCUAAGAAAUAAUGUUGUCUUUGGAUACUUUUUGAUGAAUCUUUUAUUUAUGAUAGCAAUAUUUCAGUUACAGCUGAAUGAAGAACAACUGUCUCAGUUCUUUAUUCUAGGCGAGUAUGAACCUUUAUCAUUAGCAUUUCUAAGUGUAUUUGCUAUAGUCCUUAUUACACAGUUCAUUGGAAUGCUUCUUCAUCGCUGGGGCACAUUCCUUCACCUUAUGUCUAGCACGCGCAUAGGGCUGUGUACACGGAAUUUUGAGGAAGAAUAUGCUGAGGUCGCUUUUAAGGAAGCUGGUCGGCUUCAAACCGGCGACCCCGAACCAGAUUAUAUAGAAGACCUAGAUAGCGAGACUGAAGGAGGAUCAUCGGGUAACAACACUUUAAGACGAUUUGACGAUAACCCAGAAGAUCCACCUGACUAUCCAGAUGAGGACAUGUCCGUCAUACUUCCUGCUACGACCGUUCCUCGAGAAUGGGUCGGGAACAUACCAGAGCCAGAUUACGGCGCUGUUGAUCCAGAUUAUCCGUCAAGUGAUGUACAUGAAGCCAGGGGUCACGGACGUCGCUACCAAAAUGCCUACGAACGCAAUUUUUCUAAGAGGUUUGAAACAAUGCGAAACAAAUACCAGAAACGCUACCAGCGCCGAAUGAGUAAUGUCAAUGGUCCGAACAGUGCUAACAUCAGUAGACGGGAGGCUCUGUACAACCGCUCUAUAGAAAUGCGAAUUCGGCGGCGUCAAAGUGUCUUCAGUUAGACCAGUAUUUACCUGUGAUUUUGAUAUCAUUUAAUCAUUGUCAAGUACAUUCAACCACAUCUAUAAUGGUGCCCAUUUUCAUUACACAAAAAAUUAUUCAUGUGUGGAUUAUCGCAUACUAAUUAUUGGAAGUACGCAAUACUUUGAUAUUUUAUAUAGAAAACACGGCAACAUGGUGCGCUGACAAGUCAGCAUAUUUCUUGCAGGGAAACAACUGAUUAAAGUAAAGGAUAAAAAUGAAAUCGUGUAAACAUAGCAUGUUUUACAGAAGUAAAGUAAUAGACAAUACAAAUUCUUUAUGAAUUAACCAAUGAAGUCAUUUUUAGUGGACAAUUUUUUUUAUAUGCUGCGUCUGUGAUAAAUUGUAAUAUUAUAUGACUGAGAAAUCCUGUACUUUAUAUAUCAUGACUGAGAAAUCCUGUAAUAUAUCUAUUCUGACUGAGAAAUCCUGAAAUAUAUUUUAUAUUCUGACUGAGAAAUCCUGUAAUAUAUAUUAUGACUGAGAAAUCCUGUACUUUAUAUAUCAUGACUGAGAAAUCCUGUAAUAUAUAUUAUGACUGAGAAAUCCUGUAUUAUGUAUUAUAUUAUGACUGAGAAAUCCUGUAAUAUAUAUACUAUGACUUAGAAAUCCUGUACUUUAUACACAUGCUGAGAAAUCCUGUAAUAUAUAUCUUAUAUUCUGACUGAGAAAUCCUGUAAUAUAUAUCUUAUAUUCUGACUGAGAAAUCCUGUACUUUAUAUAUCAUGACUGAUAAAUCCUUUACUAUAUAUUAUGACUGAGAAAUCCUGUAAUAUAUAAUAUGACUGAGAAAUCCUGUAAUAUAUAUUAUAUUAUGACUGAGAAACCCUGUAAUAUAUAUUAUGACUGAGAAAUCCUGUAAUAUAUUAUAUUAUGACGGAGAAACCCUGUAGUGUAAAUAUUAUUUAUUCAGAGGGUAAACCUUUGUCGACAGUCACCUUAUUUGUUUUGUUUUCGAUGUGACAUCGCUGUAUUGUUCCAGAAAUUUUUUUCAUUGAUAAUCUUUCAUCUUUUAGUAUAAGUAUUAUAUAUUCAUUAAUUUUUCAUCUUGUAUUUAUAUGUAUAUAGUAUCUAACAUGUUUACCAUUUAAUAUGCCCAUCAUUCCCACAUUUUCUUUUUGUGCCUAAUCAAACAGACCUUUACCAUACACUAGUCAAACUUGCUUAAAUUUUAAAGGUCGGAAGCCAAGUUCAAUCAUGUUAAUACUGACAUGUUUGGAUAAGACUUUCUCCACACUUUGUGCGCUUUCAAAUUCACUUUUCCGAGAUAAUGUUUUUUUAAUGUAAAUAAUAUAAAUUAAAAGGAAAAAUAUUGUAAAUUAUAUUUAUGUUAUAAGCGUGCAUACCUUCGUGUUCAAUAAACUGCAUGAUUCAUUUUAAAAUGAUGGUUCCAAUUAGUUAUGUAUAUACACAUGCCAUGGAAAUUGAUUAAUGAAUCACUCUCUUUCGCCUUUUGUCCCCUCGCCUCCUAGACUUUGCUCCCGUUUUAGCUUAAGAGUGACUUCUCUGACAAUGUCUUUUGUAUAACAAUUGUUGCGGCUGGACCGGAAAUAACCUGCUUUUGUAUUUUAUAUUGGUUGAUUAAUGAUUUUGUUCCAAAUAUUUUUCUUGAUUGGCAUAUGUAUGGCAUCAGUAUUCAUAAAUUAACUUGUACAAGUUUUAUUUGAUACGUAUAACCUGUUAUGCGAAUGGAAACACAGCCAAGUUUACAUAUUUAUUCAUGUCUAUUUCCCCCCUUUAAUAACAAUGAUGACGAUCAAGAAAUAUGAUUUUUUUUUAUUUAUACGUUCUGUCUUGUAAUCUUCGCACAUGACACAAUUUAGACUUUUUGUAUAAUGCACAAUCAUUCGAUAAAGUGGCUAGUAUAUAUUCACGAUGAAGAAAGUGUGGAAAGUCAGGUUGCGCAGUAGAUUACGCACUCGAUGUCGACCACACGGUUGCUGAUUCUCGCCUCGACAUGUAAUGUAUUCAUCCGCUGAACCACGAUGGUUUUAUCUGGGUACUCCAGUAUUGUUGUAAAAUUAAUACGGUUGUAUUUAAAUAUUAGAUAAAAAAAACUCAUUAAAAUAAGUGUGAAAUAAAAUCAUAUGUUUAUAUUCUACAUCAAAUUCACUGGUUGAACAUCAAUACGGAAACGGUGCAUGAUCAUGUUGAAAUCUUUGAUGUACAUAUCAUCGGAUAUAUACGACGUUUUGCAGUUUAGAUUUAUACGUAUCCAAUCCCAUAGCUGCGCUCCUCAUUAACGGUGAUUAAUUACACCUUUUGUCUUGACGUAUAUGCUUGAACAUUUAUUUGAAAUUUUGAUUUUAUUAACAAAUUUAAAAAAAAUCAUUUUAUAAAUCUAGUAAGUUCUGUAACGUUCCUUGCAUACUGAUUUAAAACUUCACUCGGUCAGAAAACCUCAAUUGAUAACUUCUGUCAAAAGCAUCAUUCUGCUCUCUUUGUGGUGUAAAUCGUUUAUAUAAAGGAUGUGAUUUUAACUUGCACUGACACUUAAUUUGAUGGCAAUGAGUCUUGGCUAUCAAUUACAAUAAUCAAACUGCAAACGUACUUAUGGUAUUCGGUUUCAUGUGUUAAUGAAGUAAGCUCAUGAUCAAUCUUUUAUAUAUUUUUUUAAGGUAGUUUUCGUUUUGUGUUAUCAUUGUUUAGCAUAUCAUAUAACUUUUGAAACACCACAAUUGUGUUUCGUUAAACAUGUCGUCCUUGUUUCCAAAAGAGUUAAGACGAAUUUAUUCGAGAUUUACCCUUAUAACGAGAAUGUAAGUAAUCUUGACUUAUGACUUACCUUUGUGUUGAGAUUCAGGAAUCCAAUACUUGUUUUUUUUAUUUGUAUUGAAUGUCUUCCAAUAAGAUAUUAAGACAUUUUUCUAUCAAGAUGUUAUUCAUCUAAUGUAUUAUCUAUAGUAUCCUUUAUCAAUACAUAUAAUUCUUUCGCUGUGACAAUAGAACUUUAUUCCUUUUGAACUGCUAUCCUUUAUGGAAAAUAGGAUUCUCUAAACUGUUUAAUGCAAUAUAAAUGUAACCAUCAUUUCUAACAAACUUUGGAAACUAUACAAAAAUAUGAAAACGCAUAAGAGAAUAUUAUUUAUUCAUUACAUUUUUAAAUUACUUUAAAAAGAAAUACGGUUUACCAUGCUAAAAACACUAUUUGUUGUCGAUCUCUUCCUUAUAUUGUUUUAGUCAAAAUAAAACGUAGUGUUUGUUAUUAGUUGUAAGUCACGUGAUUCUAGCUUAUAACGCAUGAUCUCUUCCUAAUAUUAAACCACCCUGUAUAGUAUUAUACAAUUGAUACCUGAAUCAAUAUACAAUAUAUCACGUGAGUAUAACUGUAUAUAAGGUUUGACUUUUUUUAUUAAUAAACAAGUUUUGUUGUUAAGUUUUAUCACUGAAUGGGUACUGUAUAAUAUUCUGAAAGUGUAAACAUAUUUAUUGAGGAAACAUGCAAUUUGUUGAAAUAAAAUAU